GGGCCAUGUGUUCUGCAAAUACAGAAAAUACGUAAUGUUGCUGCACCAAAGGAUAAUGAAGAAUCUCAGGCUGCUCCCAGAAUGUUACGUUUACAGAUGACCGAUGGACACACAAGCUGCAUGGCCGUAGAAUACAGUAGCAUGUCAAAAAUAAGCCUGAACACUCCACCUGGAACAAAAAUUAAGCUUUCAGGAAUUGUUGAAGUGAGAAAUGGAUUCUUGCUGUUGGAUGACAGUAACACAGCAGUUCUUGGAGGUGAAGUGGAGCAUCUUAUAGAAAAGUGGGAAUUACAAAGGAGUUUAGCAAAACACAAUAGGAGUAACAUUGGAACAGAAGGUGGCCCUCCCCCUUUUGUACCUUUUGGGCAGAAAUGUGCCUCUCAUGUGCAAGUGGACAGUAGAGAGCUUGAUCGCAGAAAGACUCUGCAAAUGACAAAUACUGUAAAAACUGUUGCGGACAAUGAUGAAUUUGAAAAGCAGAGGACAGCUGCUAUCGCAGAAGUAGCGAAGAGCAAGGAGACCAAGACGUUUGGAGGAGGUGGUGGUAGUAGCAGAAGUAAUCUCAGUGUGAGUGCUGGAGGGAAUCGAAACAGGGAACUGUUCCAGAAAGAGAAGAUAACAAAACCUGAGGGAAAGAAUGAAGGUGUCUACCGAGAACUGGUUGAUGAAAAGGCUCUAAAACACAUAACAGAGAUGGGCUUCAGCAAAGAAGCAGCAAGACAGGCACUUAUGGAUAACAGUAACAGCCUAGAGGCGGCAUUAAAUUUUCUUCUGAACAGCAGUAAACAGAAACCCAUUCAGGGACCACCACCUAGAGGUAAAGGGAAGGGCCGAGGCCGAAUAAGACCUGAAGAUGAGGAAGAGCUAGGAAACGCCAGACCGUCCGCACCAAGCACACUGUUUGAUUUCUUGGAAUCCAAAAUGGGUACUCUAACAGUAGAAGAACCAAAAUUGCAAUUUCAGCCACCACAUCAAGUACAGCACAAAGUUAUGAAUACAGAACAGAAUGGCUUCAAAGAGAAUCAUUCAAGACACAUUUCUCGCAAUGACAUGAGACAACCAAGGAAUGAGAAACCCCCUCGUUUCCAAAGAGAUAUUCAAAAUUCAAGGCAGGCUUUGGAAAGUGGUGGGUUACCAAGAAACAGAGGUCCUGAACGGCACAGCUCUUUAGAACAUUGGACAGAUGAAAAAAAUAAAAGUGACAGACAUUAUCCUAGAAAUGAUAGGCCAAAAGAUUUGGGUUAUCCCAUAGCCACUCACCAGAGUGACAUUACUUUCAAAAAAAGGGAUAACAAUAUGCAAAACAGAGUAGGCAAAGGGGUGUCUUUCACAGAAUUCAACGAGAACUCUGCUGCUCAAGAUACCACAGACAACAGUAACCAGAGACGUGGGAAAAGGGAAAACCAAAUACACAGUUCUGAAAAUUUUUGUGAUAGGAAGGCACGAACAAUAAGUAGUGAAGCCUUUAUGGUAAAAAGCGAGCAACAUUUUGGUGUUGUUAAUGAUUACCAAAAUCCUGGUAGAACUGAUAAUUUUAAUGCUAUACUAAAUGGAGGUACUGAGCACCAUCAGAAAGGAAGACGAGUAGGACCUAUCAAAUCAUCAGGACCCACUACAAUCCCAUCUUUUGAUGAUAAAAUGUUGUAUUACAACACCGGUCCCAAAAGGAGAUCUGGGCCCAUCAAACCAGAGAAAAUAUUAGAACCAUCGAUUCACACGGAGUAUGGAAAAAAUUGGAGACCAGGGGAUGAAUGUUUUGCUCUUUAUUGGGAAGACAACAAGUUCUACCGGGCAGAAAUUGAAGCUCUCCAUUCUUCUGGGACAACUGCAGUUGUUAAAUUCUGUGAUUAUGGAAAUUAUGAAGAGGUGCUUCUCAGCAACAUCAGGCCUGUUCAUGCAGACACAUGGGAGGAAGAAGAAACAUAUGAGCAAACUCUAGAAUUCCGCAGAGGAGGUGAUGGUCAGCCAAGACGGUCCACACGACCUACUCAACAAUUUUAUCAACCCCCAAGAGCUAGAAACUGA